CACCAAGUCCAUGACACUGCAAAGGUCUUGCUCACAACACCACGAUAAAUUGAAUGAUUCUCGACACUGCACAUAAUAAUACAAUGUCUCAAAUAGGAGAAUAUACAAUCCUCCCAAUCACAAUUCCUUCCACACCCGCAUAUCCUAAGCCAACCACCCACACAAUCUUCCUCCGACAACAUGUACCCAAGAUACCCACUGAGAACGACUCACGAAGCCUCUUCCUCGUCAAUGUUCCAAUAGAUAGCACAUACGCACAUCUGCGCGCAGCCUUCAACUCCUUGAUCGGCCCCGGCAGAUUCGAGUCUGUAUUCUUCGAGCACGAGAAGAAGCCCAUACCUUCUGCCACCACAGCACUCGCAAUCGCCGGCACAGGUCCAAACAAGAAGCGCAAACGUGGAGACGACACACCAAGCUCAGAAGGCCUCGACUUACCUCUACCGCAGAUAUGGGAUCGUGAGUUAAGGAAGAGCGGGAGCACGGCGGUCGUUGUACUGGUCGAUGAGAGAAGUGUAGAAGGUGCACUGAAAGCUGCUAAGAAGCUAGGGAAAAAAUCGAAGGAGAGAGAGAUAUAUAUUUGGGGUGAAGGCGUCACGAUAUCUUCCUCUGGAUCUGAGAGAUCGAGGGACAGAGCAGGAUCAGGGCAGAAAGAUGGUGUACCGCCUCUAGGAUCAGCACGAUACUUGGCACACCAGAAAUUACGUUUCCCUUCGAAACUGGAAUUACAGAAGAACGUCGACGCAUUCAUGACGGCAUUCAACGCUCUCGAAGAAUCCAGAGCGCUAGAAGCGAAACGCACGCGCAACGUCCCCGACGAAGAUGGUUUCGUGACUGUUGUCCGUGGGGGCAGGAGCGGGCCGGCGAGGAUGGAGGACGCGGAGAGGAAGAGGGAGGAGUUGGAGAGGAAGGAGGAGGAGAAGAGAGACGUGUUGAGGAAGGGGGACUUCUAUAGGUUUCAGGGGAGGGAGAGGCGGAAGGUGGAGAUGGGGGAGUUGGUUAGGAGGUUUGAGGGGGACAGGAGGAGGGUGGAGGAGUUGAAGGGGAGGAAGGGGAGGGGUGGGUUUAGGCCGGAGAGUUGAGUGGGGAGCAUGGAGGAGAUAUAUGUGUUGGUGAGACGCUUCUUCUUACCCUCCUUCUUUGAAUCGCUUGGGGCUUGGAGGGAUCUUUGGUAUGUCCAGUACACGUUUCCUUCUCCCAUCUGGCCUCUCGUUCCCUCUCCCCAAUGACACCCAGUUCUGAAAACCAACAUGAUGACUCCGCGGGGCCAUACUAGCUCUUCCCCUCCUCUCUUUCACCACCAUACAAGUCCAAUCCUUGCAUGGUGCAAGAAGAGAUGAGAAAGGGGAGCGAUGCCUAAAAAAACCGCAUUAACAAAUCUUCUCAACUUGUCUGAAUGGUUCUUCUGGCUGGCUUUUUUCUCCCUUUUGGUACUUGUCGUGGCUGAGAAGAAUUUGUUCUGGAGAAAAUGGGGCUUGAGUGCUGACUUGUAAAAGGGAUAUGAGGAAAAUGGGAGUA